AAUCCAACCUCACUCAAUCCUCUUUUGUGUGAUCCCUCUGAUCACACAUACAAUACCCUCUUCCUGACACCCCUCCAGUUGUGUGUUCCUGUUACCGCUCUCACGUGCUACUUUUAUAUCCCCCCUCCCCCUCUUCCUCCCCCAAUUGUGUUCUCAGGAAUUUUCCGAGACACCAAAACCAUGGCUGAAGACAAUAGUCAGCCGCAGCAGCAGGAAAAUGAAAAAUCCCGCUUCCUCGAAUUCCGCUCAAUUCCCUAUGGCACCAAGAGGGACGGGGAGCUGGUCCUGAACCGCUAUUCCUCGCUUCUGACUAACGGUUAUGAGUUUCCCGGCGCUCAAGCAAUGUUAUACGCUGCUGGGAUCAAGUCUCAGGAGGACAUGAGAAAGAAACCGCAAGUUGGUAUGAGUUUUUCCAAUCUUCCAAUCCAAUUCUUGCGGAGCAACUAUAAACGCUUUGCCUUGUCCUUAGGUGUCGCUUCUGUAUGGUGGGAAGGCAAUCCAUGCAAGUAUGGUUCCAACACCGAAAACGAAACACCAUAUAUAUAUCCGGCACAAAUGCUGACUAGAUUUGCAGCAUGCAUCGUCCGUUCUCCCCCAUCCCGUUCCUGCGCCCAUUGGUCCCCCCAUCGGUAUUCUGAUUGGUGAACUUGGAAAAAAAUCGACAGUACUCGACCUCGGCAAGACUGUAAAGGAAGGUCUAGAGAAUAACGGCAUGAUUGGUUGGCAAUUCAACACCAUUGGGGUAUAUGCCGCACGGCCUCUCCUCCUUAUUCUCCGCAAGUUUCCUUGUUUGUCGGUGGCAUAGAAUCGGUACAACUGACGAUGAGGUGAGAACGCGUAGGUCUCGGACGCCAUUACCAUGAGCAAUCAAGGUAUAACGAACACUUGAUCUCCCACUUCAUCGUCGGUCUCUAGGCUGACACGGGACGAUCCCCCCGCGAGCAGGAAUGAGAUUCUCGUUGCAAAGUCGGGAUAUUAUCGCCGAUUCUAUCGAAACAACUACUUGUGCUCAACACCAUGUAACUGUUCCUCGAUCUCCAUCUAUCACUCGAAGUUAUUAACACGUUUUAAAACACAGGACGCGAACAUUUCCAUCCCCGGAUGUGAUAAGAACAUGCCUGGAUGUACAGACCCCUUCUCCGCUCCCCUCCCCCCCGAGCAAAUAAAAACAAAAACCUCUCCCCUCUCUUUCGGCAUUAACGCGCAACAGGCGUUAUGGCCAUGGCCCGACACAAUCGACCGUCGAUCAUGAUCUACGGAGGCUCUAUAAAGGGGGGUUAUUCCGAGCGCCUCCACCAGCCGGUCAACAUCUCAAGCUGCUUCGAAGCCCACGGUGCCCUCAUGUACGGUAAGAUCUCGGAGGCUGAUCUCGACGAUGUCGUCAAGCACGCUUGCCCCGGUCCCGGUGGCUGUGGAGGUAUGUAUACAGCCAAUACGAUGGCUACGGCGAUAGAGGCCAUGGGCCUCACACUCCCCGGCUCUUCUACUACGCCCGCCGAAUCUCCCGCGAAGAUGAGGGAAUGUCUCCGGGCCUCUGAAGCCAUCAGAAUUUGUUUGGAAAGGGAUAUCAAACCCCGCGAUUUGAUAACUCGGGAGUCUUUCGAGAAUGCUAUGGUCGUGACGAUGAUAAUGGGGGGCUCCACGAACGCCGUUCUCCAUUUCCUUGCAAUGUCCCAUACUGCUGACCUGGAUUUAACUAUCGACGACUUCCAGAGAGUCUCCGACAAGAUUCCGUAUCUGGCAGAUCUCAAGCCCUCUGGAAAGUACAUGGUGGCCGACCUCGCUGAAAUCGGCGGCAUGCCGUCGGUUCUCAAAUUCUUGAUUCACGCCAAUCUCGUCAAUGGAGAUAUCCCAACGGUUACUGGCAAAACACUCAGGGAAAACUGCGAGUCCGCACCCAGUCUCGACCUGGGGCAAGAUAUCAUCAGACCCCUUAGCAAUCCAAUCAAAUCGAGUGGUCAUAUUCGAAUUCUGAAGGGAAACUUGGCACCUGGUGGAGCGGUUGCCAAAAUCACCGGAAAAGAGGGUAAAGUAUUUGUCGGAAAGGCUCGAGUCUAUGAUGGCGAGCCAGCCCUAAUCUCCAGUUUGGAAAGGGGUGAGAUCAGGCCGGAUGAGAAUACCGUGCUUUGCGUAAGGUAUGAAGGGCCAAAGGGUGGCCCCGGUAUGGUGAGUUCUGAGGGUUUCAUUAUUGUUGUUGUUCGUUUGGCCCGACUCGAGAGGAAACACUGCAGAUAAGUGAGGUUCGGCAAACAGGAGGGCUUAUUUUCCGUUUGCAAUAAUACGGGAUUAUCCAGGCUCAACACAUGAAGAUUUUUCUGGACUGCAUAUGCACCGACAAUACCCGACAUGGUGUCUAGGGUUAUUAUCAACCGCCCAACAAGGAGACUGGACGCAGGCGAUAUAUUCGCACUCCCCCACUGGUUUCCUCCUUUAGGUGCAUGGGAUGUGUAUCCAGGCCCACGGUUCCGAAGACUAACACCUCGGCUGAGCCCGUUUCUCAUACUUAUCUAUCCCCAAAACACCGGCAGCUGCUCCUGCACCCAGUGUUACAGAUUCUGUACUUAUUGCAGCAUCGUUCGUGGCUUAUUUCGAUACCAAUUGUUUAAGAACCCAUUCGUCGGCCCUUCUUGAUCGAGGCCCCAAGGAAAGUGGGGAAUGCUUGCAGUCCGAAGGUAUCAAAUUAAUUGAAGUCGUGGCAGAACUUCAGGGGCUCUAUCUAGAAAGGCUUUGAGGAACCUUUCUGGAAGCAUCGCCGUGGGUACGUGAUAUGGGCCCUGCGCCUCGGAGUUGUGAAUCCAGCCAUUUCUCGCUCACAGGACUCGGGGCUUGAUCUGUAAAGGACGACGAUUCUCUGCAGGAUGGCGUUUCCAAAGGAUGUGUUCGAUCCGGAUUUCAUGUUUCCUGUAGUGUCAUGAGGUUAGCUUGAAAAAACGCUGACCGCAGGUUUAUCUUUCAGCCGGAGCAACUAAAGACGAGCGCGGUGCUCAUGGGUGCGGGCCUUCGCAACGUGGCUCUGAUUACAGACGGACGCUAUAGUGGUGGUGAGCAUCCUGGUCAAGUUGGAUGCUGCACGCUGUGAGUGGCUGCUGACACAGACCCUGCAAGCUUCACAUGGAUUUAUCGUCGGUAGGUAACUCCUGCAGGAUCGCCGGAUUUUAGGUUGUCAAAAAUGCAGUAAUGACUUUGCAAGUAGGCCACAUAGUGCCUGAAGCUCAAGUGGGUGGCCCAAUCGCUAUUUUGAAAGGUGAGUGAGUGCUUGCUACGACCGCCGUUGCUUUUGUCAGGCCAUACUACAACACAUAUAUUCCUUGAUCUGGAUGGGCACAGUGCUUCUUCGGUUCGGAUGAUCCAUUUACUGACACGCGGGGAACGGGUACGGGGGGCGGGCAGACGGGGAUAUCGUCACCAUCAAUGCCGAGACCAACCAGAUAAGCAUGAGCGCCAGUGAUGGCGAGAUAGCUUCCAGACUGAAGAGUUGGAAAGCUCCUCGUUUGAAAGUCACCAGGGGCACGCUAGCAAAAUACGUACACCUAGUUGGAGAUGCUAGCCACGGGGUACGAUUG